AUGGCUUUUGAUGGUGUCCGUGAGAUAUACCGAUCGUGUCUAUUUCAGAUUAUCAUUGUGGGACUGGUCGCCUUCUGCGAACCCGGUAUCUGGACUGCCCUCAACAAUCUUGGAGCAGGCGGAAACGCCAGUCCACAACUUAACAAUGCCGCCAAUGCAUUGACUUAUGGACUUAUGUCAGUAGGUUGUUUUCUUGCCGGUGGCGUCACAAAUAAAAUCACCGCGAAAUGGACCUUGUUCAUUGGAGCAGCAUUUUAUACUCCCUAUGCGGCUGGGUUAUAUUGUAACAAUCGCUAUGGUAACGAAUGGUUUCUUCUUCUUGGAGCGGCUUUGUGUGGAAUUGGGGCAUCCCUUCUAUGGGCUAGUGAAGCUGCCAUUGCUGUCGGAUAUCCAGAAGAGGAGAAAAGAGGACGGUACGUUGGAAUCUGGAUGGGUAUUCGGCAAAUGGGACCCCUCGUAGGUGGUGCGAUUUCCCUUGCUCUCAACAUCAACAUCGCGCAUGUCGGCAAGGUCACCUACACAACAUACCUGGGACUCGUUGCAAUUUCGUCCCUUGGAGCUCCAUUUGCAUUACUUCUGUCACAGCCACAGAAUGUCGUCAGAGAGAAUGGCACCAAGAUUCCGUAUAUGAAAAAGACAAGUUUUGCUAUCGAGGCGCGUGCUAUCUGGAAGCAGCUGAGGAACAAGUACAUGUUACUACUUAUCCCGGUCUUUCUCGCUGGACAGUUUGGUACAACCUACCAAAGCAAUUAUUUGACAACAUAUUUUACCGUCCGCUCCAGAGCACUGGCAUCUUUCCUGACAGCCGUGGUCGGCGCCAUUGCCAACAUAUCAACAGGCAUCCUCCUUGAUCUGAAGUACUUCCCUCGAGAGAAAAGAUCCAAAGGCGUCUAUAUAUUCGUUCUUGUCUUCGUCACUGCGGCUUGGAUAUGGAAUGCCGUCACACAGACGAAGCUCUCUCGUAUGGCCGAUCCACCAACUUUCGAUUUGGGUGAUGGUCCCUUUUUCAACUCAUCUUUCACUGUCUAUAUGUUCUUCAAGUUCUUCUACGAGGUCUUGCAGACCUACAUCUAUUGGCUGAUGGCUGAAAUUAAGGGCGCUCAGCGAGACGGUGAUAUUGCAAGAACUACGGGAAUCCUACGAUCGUGGGAAUCUAUUGGCAGCACGAUCGCUUAUGCGGUUGGCGCAACUUCUUGGUCCAACUUGAACCAAAUGAUUCUUGGCUUUUCCCUGUGGGGUUUCACAAUUCCGUUUACCAUACUAGCAGUAUUUGGCGAUUGGAAUCAGGAUGCGAGCGAGGAUGAGGAUGAGGAUUCGCAAGCGGACAACAGCAGCCUCGAAGCCCAACGAGUGGUGAUCAAUUCCAAUGGAAAGGAUUGA